AUGGCGAGUUCAGGCAAGGAUAAGGUUGUGUUGGAGGAGCAUCGCUCGUUCGCUAGAAUCGGAUUUCUAGGAAACCCUAGCGACGUUUACUUUGGCCGUACGAUUUCCUUCACCAUCGGUAAUUUCUGGGCCUCGGCUAAGCUCGAACCAUCAGAUCAUCUCUUGAUCAAACCUCAUCCAUUUCAUGAUCUUGUCCAGUUCCCAUCUCUCGACAAUCUCUCGUACGUGCUCUGGUCUGAAUUUUUCUUCGUUUUCUUGCUCUGCAUUGGUUCGUGUUCUGUUCUUAAGGCUAGGCCGGUGCCUAGGCGGCGUCCAGGUGCUACGCGGACGCCGGGCGCUCCGAUUUUAGACGGGGUCAUGGGGCUUUCGGGUUCUAGUGCAAUUGUGUCUGCUGCUCUUAGCUGCCUACUUGACUUCUACAAUGUUAGGCAACAAAUCAAAAUAGAAGUCCGACCUAACCUUAUUCUUAAUGCGGAGAAAGAACUUGGUAUCGUUGCAGGUCUUCAAGACCGUGUUGCGCAGGUCUAUGGUGGUGGUCUUGUUCACAUGGAUUUUAGUAAAGAGCAUAUGGAUAAAGUAGGAUAUGGGAUUUAUACUAUAAUGGAUAUCAAUCUUCUUCCUCCUCUGCAUCUCAUUUAUGCUGAGAAUCCUAGUGACUCUGGGAAGGUUAGAGAGAUAUUCACUUCUCUAUACAUAGCUCGGUUCGUAGAAGAUGGUUAG